CUCUCUCACUCGCGCGCGCGCGCUACUGCCGGUGGUCUUUUGCUGCUAGAGAAACGGUGAGCAGGGAGAUAAGGAGAGAGAAAGAGAGCACACGCUUGAAGCAGGGGGAGGUGAAGAAAGUAAAGGAGAAAAAACAGGCUGAGAAAGCGAAGAAAAGGAGAGAGAAAGAAAGGAAACGGAGCAGCGGACCAACCAGCCUCGGUGUGUCCUCCAGGUGGUGUGGGUGUGAGUGAAACAUUGGGCAGACGCCCGGGCAGAGUGGCAGCCACAGUGUCCCUGAGGGGCCUGGUCGGGGAGGACAAGGACAGCGAGGCAGGAGGACGACACACAGGAAAAGUAUAUGGACUCAGACAGAGCGAUAGAGAGUGAGAGCUGAGCUAGUGAAAUAUCAGAAGCCCUCCCCUGAGAGUGGCCCUGUUCAGAUAGCUGAUAGCUGAUAGCUGAGAGGCUGGGGGUUACAGCUGCACUGCCGCCCUUCAGUGACAGAAUAAACAAAAACAAACCUACACAGGAAGAAACAAGCUGCUGAGAAACAGGGAACAAAGUGGUGUGGAGGUGAACAAAGGACGUGAGCAAAUGCAGCAGUACUCCAGGGCUUCAGGAUCAAAGCUCGAAGACUUCAACUGAACGUGGACUCUGAGGAUUGGGACCAGGAAUAAAACUAUAGGAUUAGGGUCUGUUAUCAAGGGCUUUCUGACUGGCAGGAUUUUGUGCUGGUGUGUGCAGGAGAACUCUCUUUGUCUGGGAUGUGAGCUCUGCUACUGAACCGUGGAACAAGGCGGGGGGCCAGGGGGGAGCGUAGGAGGGAGAGUGACUGACAGACCGAUUGGGAGGUUGAAGUGUUGGCAGUAGCAGACAAAGUUUGAUAGACAGAGAAGAGGGAGAGAGAGAGAGAGAGAGAGAGAGAGAGAGAAGAAGAAGAGGGAGGGAGAGAGAGAAGAAGAAGAGGGAGAGAGGGAUGGUGGUUUCUUCCGUCAGUCCUCUCCGUCGUGCCCAGAGCUUCCAGAGAUGAGUCAGAGGAAGCUGACACGACAGAUGAAUCUGUGGGAGACCCCCGAGGGGUUGACCACGCCCAGCCUGACCCCCACCUCUCCCUACGUCACCUCCGCUAACUCACCUGUGUCCCCUGAUCACGACCACACUCGGGGACACGGGAAUUCCGUGUUUUUCCGCCGUAUGAAGCUCAACCGCAGUAUAGAGCGCAGGCUGUCGUCUCAGUCUCACCUUCCUCUCAGUUUUGACUCAGAGAAUGGUCCUUCGCCCGGCCGCAGCCCCAUGGAUUCGCAGGCGAGUCCUGUGCUGGGGCUGCACCCCUCCUUUACCACAGAGGGGUGCAGGAGUCGCGGGGAGCGCAGGGAGUCCUUCCUGUACCGAUCAGACUCCGACUAUGACAUGUCCCCCAAGAACAUGUCACGCAACUCCUCCAUCAACAGUGAGGGGCACGCAGAAGAUCUCAUCGUCACCCCUUUUGCUCAGGUGUUGGCCAGUCUACGAACUGUAAGAAGCAACUUCACCAUCCUCGCCAAUGUCACGACACCCACUAACAAGAGGUCACCAGUGACAAGCCAACCCACUGUUCCCCAGGCAACACUCUCGGAUGAGACGUACCAGCAGAUGGCAAGGGAGACUCUGGCUGAGUUAGACUGGUGUCUGGACCAGCUGGAGACCAUCCAGACCCACCGCAGCGUCGGUGACAUGGCCUCCAACAAGUUUAAGAGGAUGUUGAACCGGGAGCUAUCUCACCUGUCAGAGAUGAGUCGUUCAGGGAACCAGGUGUCUGAAUACAUCUCCACUACCUUCCUGGAUAAGCAGAAUGAGGUAGAGAUCCCAUCUCCGACCCUGCGGGAGCGGGAACGGGACAAGCCCAUGUGUCAUAUCAGUGGAGUGAAGAAGCUGACACACAGCUCCAGCCUGUCCAUCAACACCACCAUGCCACGCUUCGGAGUCAAGACUGAACAGGAGGAUGCACUGGCCAGGGAGCUGGAUGACUUGAAUAAGUGGGGCCUUAAUAUCUUUCGUCUGGCUGAGUUCUCCAAUAAUAGGCCUCUCAGCUGCAUCAUGUUCGCCAUCUUCCAGGAGAGGGAUCUGUUGAAGACGUUUCGAAUCCCUGUCGACACCUUCGUGACCUACGUUAUGACCCUGGAGGACCACUACCAUGCCAACGUGGCCUACCACAACAGCCUCCACGCCGCUGACGUCACACAGUCCACCCACGUCCUGCUGUCCACUCCGGCUCUGGACGCUGUGUUCACUGAUCUGGAGAUCCUGGCUGCGUUAUUCGCUGCUGCCAUCCAUGAUGUGGAUCAUCCUGGCGUGUCCAACCAGUUCCUCAUCAAUACCAACUCGGAGCUGGCUCUGAUGUACAACGAUGAGUCAGUCCUGGAGAACCACCACCUGGCUGUGGGCUUCAAGCUGCUCCACGAGGACAACUGUGACAUCUUCCAGAACCUCAGCAAGAGGCAGAGACAGAGCCUGCGCAAGCUCGUUAUCGAUAUGGUGUUGGCGACAGAUAUGUCCAAGCACAUGAGUUUGCUGGCUGAUCUGAAGACCAUGGUGGAGACAAAGAAGGUGACCAGUUCAGGAGUGCUCCUGCUCGACCACUACACUGACCGCAUCCAGGUGCUGAGGAACAUGGUGCACUGUGCGGACCUAAGUAACCCCACCAAGCCCCUGGUCGUGUACAGAGAGUGGACUGAGCGCAUCAUGGAGGAGUUCUUUAGACAGGGGGACAAGGAGAGGGAGAGAGGCAUGGAGAUCAGCCCCAUGUGUGACAAACACACUGCUUCUGUGGAGAAGAGUCAGGUGGGCUUCAUCGACUACAUUGUGCACCCUCUGUGGGAGACGUGGGGGGACCUGGUGCACCCUGAUGCCCAGGACAUCCUGGACACUCUGGAGGACAACAGGGACUGGUACCAGAGCACCAUCCCCCAGAGCCCCAUCUCCCCACCCCCAAUCCCCCUCGGCCCAGACAAGAGGCUCAACGCCUGCAUCGACAAGUUCCAGUUCAAGCUCACCUUGGAUGACGACACCGAGGGAGGACAGGAGGAGGAAGAAGAGGAGGAGGAGGGGAAAACCACCCCCAAUCACAUGGUGCUGGACUGCAGUCAGGGAGAGGAGGAAGACAAGAAAGAAGAGGAGGAAGGAGAGGACGUGUUAAAGGAUGAAAGGGAAGGAGACAUCAUCGAGGAGGAAGGGGAAGUAGGGAUGGAGGAGGAGGUAGAGGAGGAGGAGGAGGAGGAGAAGAGGAGAGUUCUUCAGAAAGCUCAGUCAGGGGUGGAGAUACACUCUGACACAAGCCCCGUGGAGGACUGCGAGGAGGAAGACUCCUCCUCACCAGCUGAUGACACAUGAGUUCCGCUCCUCUCUCCCUGGCCACACCCCACAUGCACACACCACGCCCCUGUUGUCCACCCUUUAUUUCCAAUGGCCAAAUCCCAAGAUCAAAUAAGACUACAUAGACCUUAGACAAUAGACCUUUAAAUCUAUUUUUCAAAAAGGGAACACAAAUAAUAUUGCUUAAAGAAAAGCUAUUUACACAGCAACUGUAGAUUUGGAGUUGGAGCUGGAGGUGUUUCUUCCAGCUGAUGCUAUGAGGAACAGCUAUGAGGACAAAGAGGAACAUAGAGAAGCAUUAAUAAUGGGCCAUUGAAGACAGUGUAGCACUGGAACUGAAACACACACACAUAAACAUGCACAAACUCACCUCCACACACAAACACACCUCACUCACACACUUUGAUUCAUGGGGGAAAAAAACUCUGAAGUCUACACACGAGAAUGUGUGUGUUUGUGUGUGUGUUUGACUCUGAUUGGUAACGAAUCUCUUUGGAAAAAGCCAUCUCUAUAUGGAGUAUUAACUAGUGUCAGUCAGUAUUACUAGUUCAUGUUUGUUAGAAUUCAACAAGAACUCUGUUUUUUUCAGAGUGACUUAUUUUCCAUUUCUGUCGGAAAGAAGACUACAGAUAUCUAUCUAUAGAGGAGGAGUGGCGCGAGAAAAGAAGAGAGGAUUACGUUUAAUAAAGAAAGGAAGACGCUGUGAUGAGGGGACCUGAGGGUCCCGCCUCCAUUUUCCCAUUUUCCCUUUAUGAAGAAGCGCUACCGGUGCAAGAUGGCUGUGUGCCUUUCUGGAAACACCAGCUCCUGAAACAUGAGGCUGUCGUGAAGCAAUGCAUCGUGGGACAGGAGUGUCUGCUUUUGUCUUCAUUUUUGAUUGUCUCUUGUUCAAAGAUCUAUUGUAACUGUUCAUGAUUUAGUGCGUGUGCGUGUGCGUGUGUGCGCGUGCGUGUGCGUGUGCGUGUGCGUGUGUGCGUGUGUGCGCGCGUGCGCGCGUGCGUGCGUGCGUGCGUGUGUGUGUGUGUGUGUGUGUGUGAGUGUGCGUGUGUCACAUGCUCAGUCUGUUUCUGUGGUGACAGGUUUUCAGCUGUAAGUCUUCCUUUGUUGCUUUUCAAGUUGAUGAGACGUUUCAGAACUCGCAGAUAAGGAGAAGUCACUAUCACUACACCACCACACCUGCUGCUUGUGGACUCUCCAGUUUUUACAUACGAAAAUUAUUUUUAUUUUUUACUUUCUGAGGAUAAGCCAUGAGAUACUUUGGAGUAUAUGUUCUGCCUGUUUUCUAUUUAUUCUUGUUUUUUGCUAAAUAUGUUUGAAGGAUUAGGAUAAUAUCAUCAGCAGCACAAAUUCACAUUCCAUCUCUUACCCAGUCACACGGUAUUUAUUCACCAGUCUCUUCUCACUCACUGCAUCAGUUGUCACCAAAGCAACAGAUUGGAAACUGAUGAGGGGAGAGAUGCUUUGACGGGGCAGACUGAGAGGAUUUUGUCACGGUGAUUUCAGGAUGGGAGGGAAUCGAAAGAACGAGCUUGGCCAGAAAGGAGGCUGUUCAGACAGUCACACACAGCCAUUCUUGUUACGUUUUAAGCUUUUCUGCCUUAAUGUCAAAUGCAGGAUACAUACCUGCCUCUAUGUAGAUUUAUAAGAUACAUUCAAAAUAUCCUAGUAUAUUUAUACCAUGUCUGUAUGCCUCUAUCUGUGAGUGUCUGUGUGUCUAUACACAAUGUACCCAGCAUCAGCAUAUGGACAGGAACAUUUUAUGGCCAAUAUUAAGAAUGUGUUGUGUCAGUUACGAGGGCCCAAUAAGUAGGCCAAUUUAGCUCCAGGGAAUGCAGGUCAAAUGAGUGGUAAACCAAUAGCUGUUGCAGACCGGAUGUCGAGUAAGUAUAUUUUCUCACAAUACUUUUUCUGGUUGAAAAUAACGUCUGUCUUGGGCUGAUUAAAUGUCUGAUGUUAUGUUGAGAAAGAGACAGACAGACAGACAGACAGACAGACAGACAGACAGACAGACAGAGAAAGAGACAAACAGACAGACAGAGAAAGAGACAAACAGACAGACAGACAGAGAAAGAGACAGACAGACAGAGAAAGAGAAAGACAGACAGAGAGACAGACAGACAGACAGACAGACAGACAGACAGACAGACAGACAGACAGACAGACAGACAGACAGACAGAGAAAGAGACAAACAGACAGACAGACCGACAGAGAAAGAGACAGACAGACAGAGAAAGAGAAAGACAGACAGACAGAGAGAGAGAGAGACAGACAGACAGAGAAAGAGACAAACAGACAGACAGACAGAGAAAGAGAAAGACAGACAGACAGACAGACAGAGAGCGAGAGAGACCUUUCUCUUGUCAUGUGUUGUGUGUCAUCACUCACUAGAAUCACCAUCCUAGCUGUAUGAGGUCAUGGUCACAGGAUUGAUCAGCACACAGCUUGAAUAGGUCUCAGUUUGACUUGGAGUUGUUGACAGGGUAAAAAAACUACAACAUAAGUAUAGCUGGUUUCUGCUGGUCGGUAACGUAGCUCAGCCUGUGCCUGAUGGAAAAGAGGCCUGAGAUCCAUCCAGUCCAGCUCUGUGAUUGGCUGGAGCAGCAUUGCGGUGUCACCGCACAGGCCUUUAAUUGUUGGAAUAUGGGAAUCCAACGUUACUGUCUCAGUACCUGGAGUAGGAGAUUCCCAUGAAGCUUCCCCCUGUCUUUGAAGAUAUAUGGCUUUGUUUAUCUGGCUUUUUGUUUUGUCAUGAGCUAUAAAAACAAAUAAAUAUUUGAUUGCCAUUUUAACACAAUACUGUAGCGAUCAUUUCUUAUUAAGAAAUUAUUCUGUUGAUGAAUUACUGACAUUCUUUUUAAAUAUUGAAAAGAAAACCAUGGAAAAUACCACAAGUGUUUUCUUUGAACAGUUUGUGUACAGUUUUUAUUUUUGUAUCAUUCUGGUGGAUGGUCUAGACACGCAACUAUAAUGACAUAUUGAUAAUAUAACUAUUAGCAUUAUCACAGCUUGUUUUGUAUAUUUUGUAAUGUUGGAUUGUAAAUUACAAAUUUAUUCAGGUCAUUAUCAUUGAUAAUUAACCACGUUUAGUUAUAAGAAAAUAACUAAAUCGGUUAAACACUACUGGCCACACCAUCAUGCUUUCCUUCUCUUUUUCUGUCCUCAUCUUUCCUCUGUCUUUCUCUUUUGUGCUAUCAUUUUUAUCACACAGAGAAGUGUGUAAAUUUCAUUAUUAGAUUAAUUAGAUAGAUUGGAUGAAUCAGGAUUAGAUUAAUCAUCAGAAAAAUGAAAAUGUUUUGUACCCAAACUUUAUAUUAAGGGAGGUUGUAGGGUAGACAAUGUGGUUAAAGUAGUAUGUGGGUACAGUAUGUGUUUUUUUUUAGGAUUUGGUAGUUAUGUCUCUCACUGGUUCCGUUGGACCUGGUUUCAAGCCUUAGUUUUUUUCUAUUGUGCUAUUCCAUGUUUGCCCAUUCCAUAUUGCUCAAGUCAUAAUCAAUGAAAACUAUUCAUUAUCAAUAUGCCAUGUAGGAGUGAUUGUGAGUAAUUGACAGAUGUGUAUGGGUGAAGCGAGAGGUAAAAUAAACAAGAGGGUUUUGAGGGAGACAUUGCGUAGCCAUUUUGAAAUGAGCACCUCCACUUCUUGGUCACUUUUGUCAUAUUAGACUCCCUCUGAGAACAAUUAUCUGGGCUUUAAAUCAUGUGUUACUUGUUCACAAGUUAGGAAAAUUAUAUAAAUGGAAAAAACACCAUGAAAUGAUUGUAAUAUUUGUAAAUUAUAUUGCUGUAAUGUGUAAAAUGUGUCCAAGUUAUUUUUUAUUAUAUUAUUUUUAUGAAAGGUUUUCUUCUGAGAGAACUGAGGUGUUAUUUUGUGAAUAAAAUGCAUUUAAUAAGCAAACAGCUAUAUAAUACAAUUAUAUAUCAGUAUAUUUUUAUUUUAUUUCACUGUUCGGUACUGUAAAGUGUGUUAAAAUUACAAAUAAAGGAAGAUUUUUUAAAUAAUAUAAGCAAA